AUGAAGGUGGCUAAUUAUUUGGGGAAAGUGAACCUCUAUGUUGUGCAUGGGGUGGAAGAACCAGCUAUUGUAGAAAAUGAUGAGAAUGAGAUUAUGUACCUACGUGAAGGUCCAGCAGAGAGUGGUGAGGGUAGUGGCGUUGGAGGAGAAGCACAUGUUGAGGGUGACAAGGAGGAUGCUGAGAAUGAAAAUGUCUGGGAGGAUGACAAGGAGGAUGCAGAAGAUGUUGAGGUUGCAGUGGAGGUUGACAAUGAGGACAUAGUUGAGUUUCAAAGUGAAGAAGUAGUGGAAGUGGAUAAUGUGGAUGAAGUUGAGCUUGAAAAUGAUGAAUUAGUGGAAGUGGACAUUGAGGAUGGAAGGGAGGUUGAAAAUGAAGAAGAAUUGGAAGUGGACAUUGAGGAUGGAGGGGAGGUUCAUACUGAAGAAGAAUUGGAAGUGGACAUUGAGGAUGGAGGGGAGGUUCAUACUGAAGAAGACAGUGAUGAUGAACCAGAAAUGGAUGAUCUGAGUGGUGAUGAAUAUGUGGAUGCAGACAAUGAUCAAGAAACCCAACAACAAUGCAGGGGUUUGUCAGAUGAUGAUGAUUGGGAGUCUGAUAUGCUUGUAACUCCUGAAAACAGUACAAGUGAGGAGGAUGACAACGAGGACAGAGUAUCUGUGAGUGGUUUCUCAAAAUAUGCAAAACAGAAGUCCAUGGCAGAUUACAAGUGGGAAGUGGGCACCAUUUUUAGUGGGAAGGAAGACUUUAAGGAUGCUAUUAGAAGGUAUGCUGUUCAGGCUGGGAGGGAUCUAAAAUUUGUGAAGAAUGAUAAGCGUAGGGUGAGGGUGCGCUGCAUGGGUGGCCAAGGUAAGUGCCCAUGGGUAGCUUACUGUGGGUACUUGCCAUCACGCAAAAUUUGGCAAUUAAGGAAGAUAAUUGAUACUCACGGUUGUAGUAGGCAACUUAACAUCAAACUAAUGAAUGCUCAGUGGUUGAGUCAAGAAAUAGAUAGGUCUUUAGUUGACAAUCCUAAUUUAAGGGUGAAUGAUAUUCGUACUAAAGCAUUAAGAAAAUGGAAUACAAAUGUAUCAAUAUCCAAGGCACGAAGGGCAAAGUUAAUUGCCACAAGACAGGUUGAAGGAGAUUUCAAAGAACAGUAUAAAAGAAUAUACGACUAUGGACAUGAGCUGUUGAGGUGUAACCCAGGUUCAACAGUGCAGAUUAAAGUUGACUCUCAUAAUGGUGACUCAAUCUUCCAAAGAAUGUAUGUUUGUCUGAAAGCUUGUAAAGAUAGCUUCAUCAGUUGUAGGCCCAUUAUAUGUUUAGACGGAUGUUUUUUGAAAGGUUAUUACAAGGGGGAGCUGCUCACUGGUGUUGGUAGGGACCCAAAUGAUCAAAUGCUACCCCUUGCCUAUGCAGUAGUAGAAGUGGAGAACAAAGACAGCUAG